CAAGAAACCAGACACGAUCUCAAAGUGGGUCCGUAAACGGUUCCCCCGGCGAGGAGGUACUUUUUGUCCACGAGACAAUCUAACAUUCUCAUAGCCAAGAAAAAUCACAAUUCAACGAUAAUAGAUAAACUCAUUCCCUUGUUUUAGUUUUGAUUUUCUUGGUACUAUUGUUUGUUGUCUGCGUUCUUUCUCUAUCCUUGACACAGCCAUAACCAUGGCUUCCUUGCUAGCCAACCGCAUCUCAAUCUUCACACCACAACCCACCUCAGAUUCAACCAAGUUCGGGAAAGGGUUUUAUCAAAAGCUCGAUUCCGUCAAACCCAUGGCGCAAAAACCCCCAAAUUCAAGGCUUUUCAAGGUCAGGGCAGAUGUGGGUUUUGAUUCUCAGACCCUGACGUCAGAUCCCAGCCCUUCAUCAGGUAAAUCCUACGAUGAGAAAAUCCAGGAAAUUCUUCGAAACCGUGAUUAUAAUAAAAAAUUUGGCUUUAGUAUGGAUAUUGAUUCGUUUUCGAUACCCAAAGGGCUUUCUAAAGAAACAAUUCGUUUAAUUUCUUCUUUGAAGGAAGAACCCGAUUGGAUGUUGGAGUUCAGAUUGAAUGCUUAUGAGAAAUUUUUGAAAAUGAAAGAACCUAAAUGGUCUGAUAAUCGAUACCCUCCCAUUAACUUCCAAGAUAUUUGUUAUUACUCUGCACCCAAAAAGAAGCCUACUUUGAAUAGCUUAGACGAGGCUGACCCUGAACUUCUUAAGUACUUUGAUAGAUUGGGUGUACCUUUGAAUGAACGUAAUCGAUUGGCUAAUGUCGCGGUUGAUGCGGUUCUUGAUAGUGUUUCAAUUGCUACUACACAUAGGAAGACUUUGGAGAAGGCUGGGGUGAUUUUUUGUUCAAUAUCCGAGGCAAUUAGGGAGUACCCUGAUUUAGUUAGGAAAUAUUUGGGGAGAGUUGUGCCUAUUGGGGAUAACUAUUAUGCAGCUUUGAAUUCAGCUGUUUUUAGUGAUGGGUCAUUUUGUUAUAAACCUAAGGAUACAAAAUCAAUGCCAAUUUCAACUUAUUUUCGGAUCAAUGCAUUGGAAACUGGGCAGUAGAGGACUUUGAUUGUUGCUGAUGAAGGGAGUUUUGUGGAGUACUUAGAAGGAUGUACCGCACCUUCUUAUGACAGGAAUCAACUUCAUGCUGCUGUUGUUGAGUUGUAUUGUGCUAAGGGUGCUGAGAUUAAAUACUCCACCGUGCAGAAUUGGUAUGCUGGCGAUGAGGAAGGAAAAGGUGGGAUUUAUAAUUUUGUUACGAAGCGUGGACUUUGUGCUGGAGAUCACUCGAAGAUAUCAUGGACCCAAGUGGAGACAGGGUCUGCAAUUAUGAAGUACCCAAGUGUUGUUUUGGAGGGUGAUGAUACUGUGGGUGAGUUUUACUCUGUAGCACUUACAAAAUAUCAGCAGGCAGACACGGGAACAAAGAUGAUACACAAGGGUAAGAAUACAAGAAGUAGGAUUAUCUCGAAGGGUAUUUCAGCUGGAAAUUCAAGAAACUGUUACAGAGGGCUUGUUCAGGUUCAAUCAAAAGCAGAAAACGCUAGGAAUUCCUCACAAUGUGAUUCAAUGCUAAUUGGUGAUAAUGCUGCUGCAAACACCUAUCCAUACAUCCAGGUUAAGAAUCCCUCAGCUCGCGUUGAACAUGAAGCCAGCACUUCCAAAAUCAGUGAAGAUCAGUUAUUUUACUUUCAGCAGAGAGGAAUUGACUAUGAGAAGGCCAUGGCGGCAAUGAUUUCUGGGUUUUGCCGCGAUGUUUUCAAUGAGCUUCCUGAUGAGUUUGGUGCUGAGGUGAACCAACUCAUGAGUCUGAAGCUUGAGGGAUCCGUGGGUUAAGCAUGAUUUGAUAUUCACUCAAUUUAGGUUAUGCUGGCUAAUGAGAUAAUUUUGUUAGUGAAUUAAAUAAUGUUUGAGUUCAUGAAGAUCCUUUUGUAAAUGACUAGUUACCUUUAAUGUACUUUACUGUCCCCAGAGUGUCCAUUGGAACGAUAAAAUUCAUGUUUCAUGGAAAUUUUCACCUAACCUCUGUAUAUAUACUUUUUUCUUGACCUAGAACAACUGUAUACGAGUUCAUAUUUAGGCAAAAUUUUGUUUGAUGUGAAGUCUUAUGUAUUGCUGUGAUAUUAAGCAUUGGCAAUAGAGCAAUGAGAUUAAAGUUUCUUUUGUUA